UUCUAUUACUACAUAAAUUACUUCAUCCCACUUGUUUUUAUUCACUUGCAUUGCUCGAGAUUUGUGAAUCUUUCACCAGCCACACUUCAGCCACCCUUGGACAUGAUCAUGAUCCACGGGAGCUUCUCCUUCACCGAGCUAUGAAUGACAGUGUCAUUUCUAACAACAACCCCAAACUCCAAUACUAUACACAGUCCGUCUUUUGACUGCCUUCAUUUCUGACUUGUUGUAUUGCUGUAGAGUGAUAUCUGCCGAGUCCAUUGGCUACACUGCAAUUACACAGUCCCACGCGCAAUGCACAACUGACAGCCCUGUCUUGCGAGGCUGAACGAUACAGAAAUGGCGACGGGUAUUUCCCCUCGCCGAAGAGGAUUGCCACCACCUUGAUACUAAUAUGUCAUAGUUAGGGUAUGCGUCUGCGGCGAUGAUGGCGCCGGAAAGUCGAGUCUUAUAACCUCAUUGGUGAAGGAUGUCUUCGUAACAAACAAGAUCCAAUCCGUCCUCCCUCAAAUUACAAUUCCUCCCACGAUUGGCACGCCUGAAAAUGUCACAACCACGAUCGUUGAUACCUCGGCCCUACCACAAGAACGAAACAUAUUACGAAAGGAACUGCGGAAGUCAAAUGUCAUCCUGCUUGUCUACUCAGACCAUUACAGCUACGAGCGGGUCGCCUUAUUCUGGAUGCCAUAUUUCCGAUCACUAGGUGUUAAUGUACCUGUUGUAUUAUGCUCCAACAAAUCGGAUCUUACCUCUACAGGGAGUAUGGCACAAGUGGUGGAAGACGAGAUGAUGCCAGUAAUGGCCGAAUUCAAAGAAAUCGAUUCGUGUAUACGGACAAGCGCUCGCGAACAUCACAAUGUCAACGAGGUCUUCUUUCUCUGCCAGAAAGCUGUUACACACCCAAUUGCUCCUCUUUUUGAUUCAAAAGAAGGACAUCUGAAGCCAGCUGCCGUAGCUGCCCUCAAGAGAAUUUUCUAUCUAUCAGACAAGGAUCAAGAUGGCCAUUUGAACGAUCAAGAAAUGCAUGACUUUCAAGCGAAAUGUUUCGAGAAAUCAUUGUCGGACGAUGAUCUGGAUAAUAUCAAAUCAUCUAUAAGCAAAGCCUUUCCUAGAUCUGAUCUGGAUAGAGGAAUCGACCAGCAAGGGUUUAUACAUCUCAACAAGUUAUUUGCGGAAAAGGGGAGGCAUGAGACUAUAUGGAUCAUACUACGAAAAUAUCACUACACAGACAGUCUGAGCUUGACAGAUAGCUUCCUCCACCCCAAAUUUGAGAUCCCCGAGUACUCUUCUGCUGAGUUGAGUCCGGCUGGGUACAAACUUUUCGUGGACAGAUUCCUCUUGUUUGAUCAAGACAACGAUGGAGGUUUGACAGACGCUGAUCUCCAGGCUCUUUUCGCGCCUACCCCAGGAUUACCCCAGGUUUGGUUGGAAACAUCUUUCCCAGCUUCUACUGUUCGUAAUGAGAGAGGCCACGUUACUCUCCAGGGUUGGCUUGCACAGUGGUCAAUGACUACAUUUGUCUCGCCAACUACUACACUCGCAUACCUAGCAUAUCUCGGUUUCGAGCCUCCAAGUCCUCGUGAGUCAACCACGUCCGCACUCAAAACUACAAAAUCCAGAAAACGUCGCCGGCGUCCUGGUAGAGUUGAGCGAAACGUGGUUCUUUGCUACGUUCUCGGUGCGCCCGCAUCAGGGAAAUCGUCGCUUCUAGAUGCAUUUCUGAACCGACCCUUUGAUUCUUUAUAUCACCCCACCAUCAAACCACGUACAGCAGUCAACAGCGUCGAGCUUCAGGGCGGUAAGCAAUGCUACUUAAUCCUCGAAGAACUCGGCGAACUCGAACCAGCAAUCCUCGAGAAUCGCGCAAAGCUAGAUGCCUGCGAUCUAAUAUGCUACACCUACGAUUCCUCCGACCCAGACUCAUUCUCACAUAUCGUUUCACUGCGGAAGAAAUACCCACAUCUCGAUGAGUUGCCCGCUAUCUACACAGCGCUGAAAGCAGACCAGGAUAAAACGACUCAGAGGUCGGAAAUGCAACCUGAUCAAUAUACCAUGGGUCUUAACAUGAAUGCCCCAUUGCAUGUUAGUGUUACUUGGCAUAGCAUUAGUGAGCUUUUUGUUACGCUUGCCGAGGCGGCUACCAAUCCGCUACUGGCGUUUCCGAAGAGUGAGGAGGAGGCGCCAGAUCGCACUGGUGUUUAUAUUGCGCUUGGGGCGACGGCUUGUGCGGCGUUAGCGGCGGCGAUGAUUUAUAAGAGGGUGACAAAUGCGAGUUGAUCUCUGUCUUUGUAUGACGAGAGAAAGCCCACUCUUGGGGCCCAUUGGAUUUGAGAGUAUAAAGGAACUAUUUUAUUAAUCAAUGAUACCCCAUCCUUCUUAUUGAGAGUCUAUGGAUUCGAUAUAACAGCCUUUCCAAAUUACUGCGCUGCUGCUUUCUGCCUCCCAAACCACCUCCUUUUUCUGAUUCGCUUAUUUUGCUAAAUGCACCAUACUCAUGUAAGCGUCACAGGAUUCCUCUCAUAACCAGCCAACUUCUCUUGCGUCCAACCCCCCGUCUUCCCAAUCGUACUCGCAAUCCCCGUUGUAGCUCCGCCCCCCAAUAGAACAGCAAAGAUACCCUUCUGAGCGAGCCCCUCAUACGCUGGCCUAGACAAAUCGAACGGCUCCUUAUUAUCCAACAAGGUCUUCACAUUCUUCAUUCCCACCAUCCCAGCCGGUUCAAGGCCCAAUAUUUCCGGAUUCACAUUCUGCAAGUCCUUCCCAAUUCGCUCGUCUCCAAAGAUAUAAGUGCCCCCCGUUCACCAUUUCUCCUCCUCGAGAUACGACACCGCUUCGGUCUUGUACGGAAGGCGACUCGCGGGGAUCUGCCACGGCAUGACGGGGACAUCGAGUCCAGAAUUGAGAUUUGAGCAGAAGUCGUAGAAACGCUCCCAUUCGGACGGACUGUAGCAGUAUCCAUUCCCAUACCCCCGUAUGGUAAGAUCAUCAGCUUCAUAGCGAUCGAUAGCCAAGAAAUCAGGCGCGUAGGCGCCGGUGUAGACACCGAGACUCUUAAUAUAAUCCACUGUUUGCUUCGCGAUCUCGCGAAGAUCUGCUUCUGUUUUGCUCUGGUCAGAUCCAAGUUGCGUUCCCGACUCCCCAGAUGUUGGCCUGCCAUCCGAAGGUUACGUCGUGAGCGACGAGCCGGACAACCCAGUUGACGGCGGAAACAUAUCCUUUGAGCGUGUUAGUGAUGUCCUCAGGUAUGUCACCCUUGACGGCGCGGUACUCGAGGGCACCACGGAGUGCCUCGCGAACUGGCAUGGCGAAGUCGGGCGAGAGGUUUUGCUGUUGACAUGUUCCUAAAAAUUCAGGAUUCAGGAUGUACGCAGCGGGCACCUCUCUCCCUCCCUUCUCUUUCGCUGUUUUCACGGCUAUCUACAGUGACAAGAUCAGAUUUGAAAACCCGUGCUGGAUUUCUGUCUCGUUCUGCAGACGGAUAUUCGGGUCCCCCAACGAUAAAUUGGUUGUAUAUGCGACCAAGAUUGGGAGAACGGAUUUGCCCACUUUGGCUUCGACGUCGGCUGCCAAUUGAACGGUUCUCUUGGUGCUUUCGUCGGAGGAGACGUGGGUGUAGAGGUCUCCGGUGCCGUCUGUCCCGGCGUACCUGAAGAUUGAGGAUGCUUUUGCGGCGACGAAGUCUUUUCCCGU